GCCUGCGCUGUUGGCUCUCGGAGUUCUAUGGUUGUGGCGGUUUAUUGAGAUUGGCUAAAUUGAGAGCUCUUUUGCUGUAACUCGGGAAGGAGAUGCGCUCUGGUGCAGCGGUCAGGGCCUGCUGUAAAACCUGCGGGUGCCUAUUCUCUGGGUUUGGGAGUCUAGUGGGUGGGGGGAAGCUGGAACGCUUGAUGGAAAGGAGCAGCUACGUCGGAAGGCAGCUGAGGUGGUACGCGGAGCUCCCUCGGGGGAGCGAGCCGAGAGAAGUCCCCGAGUCUGGCGAGGGGAGCGAGGCGCUGUUAGAGAUCUGUCAGAGAAGGCAUUUCCUCAGUGGAACUCAGCGACAGCUUAGCCGAGAUUCCCUUCUGAGUGGGUGCCACCCCGGCUUUGGACACUUGGGCAUAGAGUUGCGGAAGAACCUAGCCGCGGAAUGGUGGUCCUCGGUGGUGGUGUUCAGGGAGCAGGUCUUCCCGGUGGACGCCCUCCACCACGAGCCAGGCCCUUUGCUUCCGGGGGACAAUGCCUUCAGGUUAGUUUCUGCAGAAACUCUACGCGAAAUCUUGCAAGACAAAGAGCUGAGUAAGGAACAGCUUGUAGCAUUUCUUGAGAACUUAUUAAAAACUUCUGGGAAACUACGGGAGACCCUUCUUCACGGUGCCUUGAAGCACUAUGUUAAUUGCCUGGAUCUGGUAAACAAGAAGCUGCCUUUUGGCCUUGCUCAGAUUGGAGUGUGUUUUCAUCCUGUUGCUGGUACUAAACAGACACCUAAUGGUGUUAAAAGCAUCGGUGAGAGGACUGCAGCUUCCCUGGUGUGGUUUACUUCUGCAAGAACGGCAAGCCAGUGGCUGGAUUUCUGGCUGCGUCAUCGACUGCUGUGGUGGAGAAAGUUUGCAGUGAGUCCAUCUAACUUCAGCAGCAGUGAGUGUCAGGAUGACAAGGGACGAAAAGGAAACCACCUUUACUACAGUUUUCCCUGGGGAAAGGAGCCAAUAGAAACUUUGUGGAAUCUGGGAGAUCAUGAACUCUUACACACUUAUCCUGGAAAUGUGUCUGAAUUACACGGCCGAGAUGGACGGAAAAAUGUGGUUCCUUGUGUUCUGUCUGUAAAUGGAGAUCUCGACCGAGGCACGCUGGCUUACCUCUAUGAUUCUCUCCAGCUGACAGAGGACUCCUUUACAAGAAAGAAACAUCUUCAUAGAAAGGUACUUAAACUUCACCCUUGUCUAGCUCCUAUUAAGGUUGCUGUGGAUGUGGGAAGAGGCCCAACAGUGGAACUAAGACAGGUUUGUCAAGGGCUAUUUAAUGAAUUAUUAGAAAAUGGAAUUUCUGUGUGGCCUGGUUAUUUGGAAACUGUGCACUCCUCAUUGGAACAACUUUAUUCAAAGUAUGAUGAAAUGAGUAUCCUUUUCACAGUUUUGGUUACUGAAGCUACUUUGGAGAAUGGAUUAAUACAUCUGAGAAGUAGAGACACCACAAUGAAGGAAAUGAUGCAUAUAUCCAAAGUCAAAGACUUUUUAAUCAAGUAUAUAUCAUCAGCUAACAAUGUAUAGAUUUUAAUAUUGGUAUAAUAAAUAUAUUUCUUCCCUAA